GGUUUAUAGGGUACGCAUUAUGUGCUGCUGAUGAAGCCCUCAAGGAUGCCAAUUGGAUACCGACCACCUUGGAUGAGAAGGAGCGAACAGGAGUCUCCAUAGGUGCUGGAACUGGAAGCAUUGUUGAUAUUUUGGAUGCAUCCAGAAUGAUCAGCGAGAAGAACUCACGUCGGAUUAGUCCAUUUUUCAUCCCACGGAUACUGAUCAACAUGGCUUCGGGUCAUGUAAGCAUGAAGUAUGGAUUUCAGGGACCAAACCAUGCUGCAGUGACAGCUUGUGCCACGGGAGCACAUUCAGUUGGGGAUGCUACUAGGAUGAUCCAAUUUGGUGAUGCGGAUGUCAUGGUUGCUGGAGGGACUGAAGCCAGCAUUGAUGCUUUAUCUAUUGCGGGGUUUUGUAGGUCAAGAGCAUUGACUACCAAGUAUAAUGCUGCACCACAAGAAGCUUCAAGGCCAUUUGAUUGCGAUCGUGAUGGAUUUGUCAUUGGUGAAGGUUCUGGUAUUUUAGUAUUGGAGGAAUUGGAGCAUGCAAAAACACGAGGGGCUAAGAUAUAUGCUGAGGUUCGUGGCUAUGGAACCUCAGGCGAUGCAUAUCACAUUACUCAACCACAUCUUAGUGGAAGAGGUGCUAUUCUGGCCAUGACACGUGCUCUAAAGCAGUCUGGUCUCCAUCCUAAUCAAGUGGGUUACAUAAACGCACACGCAACGUCUACACCUUUGGGUGAUGCUGUGGAAGCUACUGCAAUAAAACAUGUAUUUUCGGAUCAUGCAAUGUCUGGUGCUCUGGCCUUCUCCUCGACAAAGGGUGCGAUUGGCCAUCUACUCGGGGCAGCUGGAGCUGUAGAAGCUAUUUUUGCUAUACUAGCACUACGCCAUGGAAUGGCGCCUUUGACGCUAAACCUUAAAAAACCAGAUCCCAUAUUUACUGGUGAUUUCACGCCAUUGACAGCGUCGAAGCAGAUAGAUGCUAAGGUUGCUCUAUCGAACUCGUUUGGCUUUGGAGGAACAAAUGCAACUUUGCUUUUUGCUUCCAUCAACUAAUCGUUGAGUUAGGAGUUUUGCUGGAAAAUACAUGUACUCCUUAUUUUUACUCCCAACUUCUUACUUAGUGCAUAGUUAAAACGAGAGACUUCCUAACUUGAGAAUCAACUACUCAAUAAUCGUCACUUUAAUUCUUUAAAUAAGAUAUGUCUUU